GCGGCCGGGCACGGUCAGAGCCCGCUCCGCUCGGACCCGCCGCGGAUCUGCCCGUGUGUCCCAGCCCAGCCCAGCCCAGCCAUGCCGCUGCCCCGCGUCCCCCUGCGCGCCGCGCUGCUGCUCGGCCUCCUCCUGCGAGCUGCCGCCGCCGAGUCGGUGAGGGAAACUGAAACCAUGGAUGCUGGAUGGCUGGAGUACCCUGCCUCUGGGGACCUGCCAGAUGAUGAAGACAUUGGUGAAUUCAGGCCUCACUUAACCUCUGAUGGGUUAGAUAUAGAUGAGACAUCUGGGUCAGGAGACUAUCCAGACUCUGAAGAUGGCUUGUAUCUGACCACCAUGGAUACCCCUGUGAUACCUGACAACUAUAUCCCUGGAGAUACUGGGAGAAAGAUAGAAGGUGAGAAGAAAAACACAAUGGUGGACAAUGAAAUCAUUCCAGACGAAGCUGUAGCUGUGGAAGAGAACCUGUCCAACAAGAUCUCCAUGGCAAGCACAGCCAACAGCAGCAUCUUUGAGAGAACAGAAGUCCUUACAGCUCUCAUCGCAGGAGGAGCAGUGGGUCUCCUGUUUGCCAUCUUCCUGAUCCUGCUCUUGGUCUAUCGCAUGAAGAAAAAGGACGAGGGCAGUUACGACCUGGGCAAGAAACCCAUCUACAAGAAAGCCCCCACAAAUGAGUUCUAUGCCUAAAGCUCAGCAGCACCUUGUGCCCAUCAAGGGACGAGCAGACUGUACUGAAACACUGUGCCCUCAGAUGAGAUGUGCUGAACAAAUGCUUUUUUUUAUUUUUUGGAUUGAAUUUCAAAGUGACUUUGAGAAAAAACAAACUUCCUUCGUGACCCUUCCCAUCCCACUCAGCUAACAAGGGCCCAAUGAAAUACAAAGAGUCUGAAAAAAAACCUCAGUGUAUUUUUUUUUCCUCAGUUUAGUGUAAAAAGAAUAAAGAUGCCAAAUUUUCUGCUUGGUUUUAUAGAGGGUAUAUAAACACAAACCAGACUGUAUGGAAGCAAACACCAUGUGUUUGCAUCCAGUGUGCUGUGCUGGGAUUGGCUGCUUCUAUAGAAGAUGGCUUUUUUUUUUUAAUAUAAAUCUUGCUACUAGAUGUCUUGCAGCAGGCUGUUGAUGUGAAGCAUUUUUGUGGAGAACUAUUUAUGAAUCUCUUACACUACAGAUAAUGUUGCCUUAGCAGGGAGUAAAAGGCCCACAAGGGCUCAAUAUCCCUGAAUGCCAUAAAGGGCCUAUGGGAAUGUCUUCCCCAGGAGAUUUCUGUCUCUUCCUGUUGGCCCCCUGCAAGGGUCAUUAGUCCUUGAAAUCAGGACAGCCAGUUGUGUUUGGCUAUGGCAACACCCUUUCCUUGCCUUCAGUCUUUUACCUUUUUUUAAGGAUUGCUUGUAGGAUUUUUUUUAUAACAAAAUUUUAAAGAAAAUAGCCUAAUGUUUAUACAAAGUUUGUAGAAAUUGUUUUGAAAUAAUAAAAAAAAUAAUCUACUUUUUUAAUUUCCUCAGAUUUAUUUUUUCAAUCCCUUUGUGUUUCCUUUGGCCGGGCAUUUCUCUAGAGAUGCUGUUUUAUAUGAUUCCUAUUCUGAACUGAAGCAGAGUUAGCUACAGAGUGUUACAGCUUUCUUCUAGUUCUACAGCAGCUACUAUAGAGGGUAAAGAUAUUUAUGGUUUUCUCAUAACUUUUCUAGGAUUUUUUAAAAUAGAAUUAUUUAUAGUUUCUGAAAUGGCUGCUUUCUCAUUUGGUAACUUUUAUCCUUUUUAUGUAAAACACUAAUAUAAUUAUGAGUCUCUGUGAAAACUAUUUAAGCUUUAUUCUGUGAAUUUCAAUUACAAAUUCAAGGCAAUAACUUCUGUAUGCAAAGUUGGAUGCAUAAAUAUGAUUGAAGUAGGGAAAAGACAGGAGUAAUUCUAGGCUGUAAUAUAUUACAAUCAGUCCUACAGAGCUAUAUAUUAUAUAUUUUACUGAGAUAUAUACAGAUGAGAAUGAAAAGGCUGGAGUUAAUUCUUCAGCAGCCUUAUGGUGUGGUGUGUAAGAGGCUUUUGAUCUUGUUUGUGCUGCUGUUUGUCCCAUGUCUUGUGUAGAGCACCAGGGGCUUGUGCUUGGGAAGGAGCCUGGGGGCUCCAUGGCUGUGUCCAGCUCCUGGGAGCAGCUGUGGCCAGGAUGUGCUGGGCUGGAUCCACAGAGCCAGAGCAGAGAUCCCCACCUCGAGCUGCCCUUGUUGGAAGCUUCAGGGUGGAGGUGACACCUUUCUGUCCCCUGUGGUGCUGUGCCAAGCCCUGCCUCAGGGAAGGCUGGAUCUGAGCUCUGCCUGGGUGGUAUCUCCCACCGGGAAGCACCGAGCUUUCCUUGGGGCAGGCUCUGAACUCCGCUGCUCUGGAUCUUUCUACAUCCCCUGCACAUGGCUCCUACCUCCACUGGGGGUGGGAGCAGCCCCCCAGUCUCCCAGAGCAAAGGGUGAUGUGUGUCUGGUGCCAGGAAAGUGUUACAGAACCAUGAGCAAGCUGGGUCCUCCUGCAUCUCCAAGUCUGAUGGGGUGUGAGACAAAAAUCUGUGUGUGGGUCCCCAAACUGAGCUCCUGAGCAGGCAGCACUAAACCAGGCAGUUGGAAAGGCUGGUUGGAAAUCUGCAUGGCUCCUGAAGCUUUCCUGAGGCUUUGCUGUAGGCUUGAGGCCAAAUCCAGAGAGGAGAUAGAAAAAAAAUGUGUCCACUUGUUGGGGUGAGGCAUGGGGGCAGAGGAGAGAUCCUCCUCUGGGUGAUCUGUCCCAGUACCAGUGUGGUUGGGAAACUGGGGGCUCUGGGAGGCUCUCAAAGCUGCACAGAGUUCACAGGAGGCUGGAAAGGAGGAGAGGGAGGGCUGUACUGCCUGUGGACAGAACUGCCAGGCAGGCAGGCAGGAGCUGUGGCUGCUUCUCGGGAUAUUCAGAUUCUCUUGUGUAAUUGCUCUUGGGGAUUUUCCACUGUUACUGGUUUUGUUGUUUUUUUGUUUUUUGUUUGUUGUUUUUUCCUCAAAUAAAUGGUACUUUCUAAAACUGA